AGCUGGUUCCGUUACAUUCCGUUUUGCCAUACGCUCCCUUUUCAAAAAAGGUUGCAGACAUUCUCUCGUUCAGCAAAUUUUGAUGUUAUGAUUUACUUAAACAUUUAAGAACACCUUGUCAUAGAUACGGGUCAGCUGCCCCGUUUCUUAAUCUCAGGAAAUGUAGGUAAAGGACGGAGGAGUUUGGUGUAAGUGUGGAUCAUUUUUGAAUGGGACGCGUCCGAGCUUUUCCAACCGCUCUUCUCCUCACGACACCGCAACAAGGAAAAAAGUGUCAAAGAGGAGUAGAUCCUAUAUCACACUUUAAAAACGCGGCCGACGAGGAAAAGGAGCAAGUAUAUGCCUCAUUUGCAUCGUUGUCGUUUGGUGCAGGUCGUUUUGGAUCACGGGCUGUUGCGGGCUGCCAUGGACACCCUGGUUUCUGCUUUUUUUAAGAGAUGAGAGUGUCUAACUAAACGUGGACUCGCCUAAACUGAGUUGUAACCGCCAGCAUGCAGUAGACAGGUUUAUUAUAUUGUACGCCCGAGUGAUUCAAACUUCUUUUUUUUUUUUUUUUGGCUAACUAACCCAAAACAAUGGGGCAUCCUCCUCUUGAGUUCAGCGACUGCUAUCUGGACAGUCCGGAGUUCAGAGAGACACUGAAAUGUUAUGAGCUGGAGCUGGAGAGGACGAGCAAAUUUCUCAAAGAUGUGAUAAAAGAUGGCAACAGUGUAAUCAGUGCAAUCAAGGGUUACUCUUUGGCAGUGCAGAAGUUCUCCCAGACUCUCAGUAUGUUCCAGUUUGAUUUCAUCGGCGACUCUCUCACUGAUGAUGAGAUCAACAUUGCUCAAUCUUUCCAGGAGUUUGCUGUUCUUCUCCAGGAAGUUGAGCAUGACAGGAUGAUGCUGGUGCAGAAUGCGUCUGAUCUGCUUAUUAAGCCGCUGGAGAAGUUCAGAAAGGAGAAAAUAGGAGUAACAAAAGAGAAGAGAAAGAAGUUUGAAAAGGAAAGUGAAAAGUAUUACUCUCAAUUAGAUAAACACCUCAAUCUCUCUGCCAAGAAGAAAGAGAGCCAGCUUCAGGAGGCUGAUGAACUCCUGGACAGAGAGCGAGUGAACUUCUAUGAAUCGUCUGUGGAGUAUGUUUACCAGAUCCAUCAGGUGCAGGACAGGAAGAAGUUUGAUGUGGUGGAGCCUGUCCUGGCGUUUCUUCACAGCAUCCUCACACUCAAUAACCUGACAGUGGAGAUGACUCAGGACUUCAUGCCCUACAAACAAGAACUGCAGCUCAGCUUGCAGAACACAAGAAACCACUAUGAGAGCACGCGGGAGGAGAUGGAGGAGCUGAUGAACAGAAUGAAACACCCAUCCCAAAUGGGUAAAAUGCACAGUAUGCGGACUAUGGAGGGUUACCUGUACUGUCAGGAGAAGUGGGCGUUGGGAGUGUCAUGGGUCAAAUACUAUUGCAAGUACCACAAAGACAGCAGGCUGUUGGUUAUGGUGCCUUGUGAGCAGAAACCUUCAACUAAACAGGGCCCUGUAGAGCUGACACUUAAAUCCUGCAUCCGCCGGAAGACUGAAUCCAUAGACAAGCGCUUUUGCUUUGACGUGGAAACUAGUGAGAGAAACACGCCCGUCACUUUCCAGGCUCUUUCGGAUGAAAACAGGAAGUUGUGGAUGGAAGCGAUGGAUGGAAAAGAGCCGAUCUAUCAUUCCCCGAUUCACAAGCAAGCUGAAAUGGAGCUAAAUGAAAUUGGAUUCAAGUUUGUGCGGAAAUGCAUCAACUAUGUUGAAACAAAAGGAGUCACACAAGAAGGAGUGUACAGAACAGUUGGCAGCAACAUCCAAGUGCAGAAGCUUUUAAAUGCCUUCUUUGACCCAACAUGCCCAGGAGAUGUGGAUUUCCACAGCAGUGACUGGGACAUUAAAACCAUCACAAGUGCCAUGAAGUUUUAUCUAAGGAGUCUGUCUGAGCCUCUGAUGACCUACAGUCUACACACAGACCUCAUUUUAGCUGCAAAGUCAGAUAAUCUGGACUUUCGACUGAGUGAAAUUCAUUCACUUAUCUACAAGCUACCAGAGAAGAAUCGGGAGAUGCUGGAGGUGCUGAUUCAACACCUGGUCAAUGUUUGCAGCUACAGCCAGGAAAACCUGAUGACCCCAUCCAACAUGGGCGUGAUCUUUGGACCCACACUGAUGAGAGCAAAGGAGGAGACUGUGGCGGCCAUGCUGGAUAUCAAAUUCCAGAAUAUUGUCAUUGAAAUUCUGAUCGAAGGCUGCAAAAAGAUCUUCAGCGGUACACCAGAGGACAGUGCCGCCCCACCUGUCCCUCCUCCGCGGAUCACCCCGAGAAAGCGGCAGCCAAUCACAAUUUCCAAGCGGCCACCUCGAGUCUACCCGCCUCUUAAUCCCGACCUGUUCCAGAGCACAGAGAAUGGCCAAAGUGACAGCUCUCCACACAGACCACAGGGGGUGGACGUGGACGGCGAUGUCCCAACGAGCCCCACACCCCUCCAGCGGACCAAAUCCACAAACCAUGCUCCACUCAUUCCUAGAGAACCUCCUCCAAGGCAAGCUUUGCUGCCCAAACCAGCCGCUCGUCAGGACAGAAAUUCAGACGGUGAUGUUGGCAAACUGUUUGGCAAGAUGGAAGCGAACGGUGAGACUAGAGUCACUGUGAACCGAGCGUCGUCCUUCCAGAGCAGAAGACCACCUCCCAUGGGCACAGCAGCCAUCAAAGAAGGAGAUUGCGAGGGACUAAACAAAAUAAGGUCCCCAGAAAAACAUGCCAUUUGUAGACCUCCAGUCAGACCUCCUGAGCCCCCGACCCGACACCCUGCUCUGCAGAGGACCCCAAGUGCAGGCAACAGUGAGACUAGUCCUGCAUCCUAUGUUGCCUCCAAAACAAAGUUUUUUGAGAACGCCUCAAGGCAAGUGGGAAGUCAAUCAGUCUCUCCGCCAGCACCAGCGAUGAUGAAUGUAAAAAAAGAGAAUUCAAGUUAAGGAGCCUUAAGCCACCUCAGGGACCUGAAUGUGACAGCUAUACCUGUUGUUGGGAGCUGAAUUCACCAAUAAAAACUCAGCUGCACUCAGUCAGUACUGAUCAUCUUGGACAAAUUGGGGGGAAAAGUCUCUUGUAAAAAAGUGAAAUAGUUUUGUUUGAUUUGUUGUUGUUGUUGUUGUUGUUUUUCAGCUCAACAAACAGUUGAGCUGAAAAGUAUUCUGUUUCCUAGCAACACAGUAGCAAAUUGACUUUGGGAUAAACAAGUUCAAGUUGCAGCAACAAGUUCAGUUCGAUCACUCCAAAGUUGGAUGUUGUAAAACAUGUUUAUUUUUCCUGCUUUCAUACCAAUUGUCAGUGAAGCCAAAUAAUAUUAAGAUAUCUUGUCAUUUUCGGUGUUACAGUAUAUAGAUGACUCUCAGCUGGUUGCAUUACUUUGUGGGAACUAACUGCUGUAAUUGGAUGUGAAGCUUAAUUUGACCUUUUCCUGAUCUUCAUGUCACUGCAGUGUGUUCAGCAUGGCAGUGCAUACACAGUGUUACACCCUGCCUAACAUUGCCUGUGUUGCAUGAAAUAGAUGUCCUAAAGAAUACCAGCUGAUUAGAUUGAUUCAGUCAGUUUAAUCGUAAUUCAGUUUAAUGUGAAAAUAAACAAUUUAGCUGUUUAUCUCUAGAUUCCAUGAAAUGGAGCACGAGGUGGCCUUGACACACAAAUACUGCAUGUCAUGUCAGUGGAUUUGGAGUGAGCUAUCAAAACCAUCCGCUUCGAGAAUCUAUUGAACAGCAUUAAUAGAAAAAACACACAAAAAAAGUCUUAAUUCUGUAUCAGAAUUUAAUUUCUUUCUUUUUUAAUGUUCUUAUCAAAAUAAUUUUUAUUGUUUAAAAAUUGUGUGCUAAGUUUCUACAAUAGUAAGGAUGUCAUGCUUGUUGCAUGUCUGACUUGUCAGGAACUGUUACCUUGCUGGGAUGAGAAUCAAGCAGAAACUGAAAAUGUCAAACCAACAUGUUUUAUAUUUUAGACUGGCGCAUAGGAAAUACUGCUGGUGUCAUCCAAGGAAGUUGAAAACUCUAUAAGCUGACCAAGAUAAAGGAUAAAACUUUUUUUUUCUGAUGUGGCACAACAGUAGGCCUGGGAAACAGGACACUUCUGUUCAGAAAGAUUAAUAUGUCAUCUGUAUUGUUUAUAAUUUGUUGGUGUUUAGCGCUUAUUGCCUCCAUACCUCUUAAAACUACAUUGCCACUGACAGAACAUUCAACUAAAGUGAAGUUAAAGGGUUUGGGUUUGGGUCAGCAUUCAUUUGGAUCUGCCGUCCUUCUACUCCUCCUGGGAACUGGACAAAUUAAAUUCAGAUGAAACUAAAAUCAUGGACUGUUGAAAAGUCAUCAUGUCUGUGAAAACCAGUCUGUAAUGAAGUUUUACAGUUAAUGUGUGUCAGGGCAACUGGCUUCAAGAAUUGAAAAGUAACUUGAAUUAAUGAAAAAAAAAUUAAAUGUAUUUGCUUUACUUUUCGACUUGCAGCCUGUAUUUUAGUCAGUUAAGCCCCUGUUUCCAUUGGAUCUAGGCGAAUGUAGGAAAUCAAAACAGAAGUCAGUUUAAAAAUGGAUAGUAAUAGGAUAUUUAACAAAAAACACUCCAGAUUUCCUACCUAGCUGUGUCAGUACAUUCCCUCACGUUUCACGUCAGUGUCACGCUAUACCUAACGUAGCUAGGUAGAUGAGGUUGUACAUUAGAUGCAGCCUGUGUUCAGCUGAAUGUGAUGUGCAUCUAAUGAACUGUUGGGACUCAGUAGCAAGUUACUUAUGAGCAGAACUGAUUGUGUUAGAGAAAGAAUAACAGCACUCCAUUGUUUUUAUUUUUUGUUUGUUUGUUUUUUAUUGCUUUGUUCUUAAAAUGAUCCAUUAUUUGGGAUAACCAGACUUCAUUAAUUUGGCUGUUUACUGAACGUUUUUCAAAGAGUAAAAUAAAAUGAAGAGUUCUUAUGGCUUGUGAA